CUGGCCGCUCUGACGCCCGCUGAGCGCCCGCGUCCCGCCAUUUUGAAAGUGUACGCAGGGAGAGGCAGAGGCGGGGAAAUAACCCCAAGUAAGUUCAAAGUCCGAGCCGAGCCGUGCGGAUUUCAACAGUCAACUCUACACUGGUGACAAAACAGAAAAACAAAAAUCCAUCCAACGCCUGUCAUGUGUGGGAGAGUCGUUCGUUUAUCUUCGUGAUUCCUCCCCACCGCCGCCGCCGCCGCUCCUCCUCGGUCAGAACCGGCCGACCCGAGUCCGCACCGCUCCGACCCCGGGCCCGACAACCACCGCACCCCCGCUCUGAGUCCCUCGCCAUGGCAGGAGCCGGUGGUGGGUGCAACGAUGUCCAGUGGUGCUUCUCUCAAGUCAAGGGAGCGAUUGAUGACGAUGUCGCGGAGGCUGACAUCAUAUCAACUGUUGAAUUCAACCACUCGGGGGAGCUGCUGGCUACCGGGGACAAGGGAGGCCGGGUCGUCAUCUUCCAGCAGGAGCCAGAGAGUAAGAACCAGCCCCAGUGCCGCGGGGAGUACAACGUGUACAGCACCUUCCAGAGCCACGAACCCGAGUUCGACUACCUGAAGAGUCUGGAGAUCGAGGAGAAGAUCAACAAGAUCCGAUGGCUGCCCCAGAAGAAUGCCGCCCAGUUUCUUUUGUCCACAAACGACAAAACCAUAAAGCUUUGGAAAAUCAGCGAGCGGGACAAGCGUCCGGAGGGCUACAACCUGAAGGAGGAGGAUGGCCGCUACCGAGACCCCAACACCGUCACUACACUACGGGUGCCAGUGUUCCGUCCCAUGGACCUGAUGGUUGAGGCCAGCCCUCGGCGCGUGUUUGCCAACGCUCACACGUACCACAUCAACUCCAUCUCUGUGAACAGCGACUGUGAGACCUACCUGUCUGCGGACGACCUCAGGAUUAACCUGUGGAAUCUGGAGAUCACCGACCGGAGCUUCAACAUCGUUGACAUAAAGCCCACCAACAUGGAGGAGCUCACGGAGGUGAUCACCGCCGCAGAGUUCCACCCCAACCAGUGCAACACCUUUGUCUACAGCAGCAGCAAGGGCACCAUCAGGCUGUGUGACAUGAGGGCCUCAGCCCUCUGCGACCAGCACUCCAAGAUGUUCGAAGAGCCAGAGGAUCCAAACAACCGCUCCUUCUUCUCCGAGAUCAUCUCGUCGAUCUCCGACGUCAAGUUCAGCCACAGCGGGCGCUACAUGAUGACCCGUGACUACCUGUCCGUAAAGAUAUGGGACCUCAACAUGGAGACCAGGCCAGUGGAGACGUAUCAGGUGCAUGAAUAUCUCAGGAGUAAGCUGUGCUCCCUCUAUGAGAACGACUGCAUCUUUGAUAAGUUUGAGUGCUGCUGGAACGGGAAUGACAGUGUUGUGAUGACGGGCUCCUACAACAACUUCUUCCGGAUGUUCGACCGGGGCUACAGACAGGACGUGACCCUAGAGGCGUCGCGGGAGAACAGCAAGCCGCGCUCCGUGCUGAAGCCGCGCAAGGUGUGCACAGGUGGGAAGCGCAAAAAGGAUGAGAUCAGUGUAGAUAGUUUGGACUUUAACAAGAAGAUCCUUCACACGGCCUGGCAUCCCCUGGACAACAUCAUCGCCGUGGCCACCACCAAUAAUCUCUACAUAUUCCAGGACAAACUGAACUAGUGUUCCAUGAACCCUCCAGAUCCCAGUUUCUGCUUAGCCCCCCCCCACCCACCCACCCAACCACAUCCCACCCCCAGCACUCAUAUACUCACCUAGACAAUGUGAUCCGUCUUUGAUGGCUUCCUCGGGCUGCAUCCCCUGGUCUGGUCUCUGUGAUCUGCCCCCCCAGCUGAUAUUUUUGGAUUUGCAUAUGUAUAAGCCCGGUGCACCCUGUGAAUGGUGCAAUCUCUUUCUUGCUGCCGUGCAAUACCCUCCAUUGGGGCCAGCACAGGUGCAUUUCCAAAGCGCAACCAAUAUCUGCAUGUGCAGAGCUCUUGGGUGCUGGGUGCUGGGUCCAGACUCUGGGGAUCCGGCCUGGGGGGGGAAUCCCCUGUUAGGAGCACACCACAACCCUCGCCCACCACCACAGUUCAUUUCCACUACAUCCCAGCCCAAAGGGGAAUGAUGACGAUUGUGUACAGUUAUUUGGCUAGGUCAAUAUUACUUUUUAUUUGGUGCCAUCAUGACAUUUUUUGUAUGUCGUAGAUACCAAGUUUAGAUUUUAUUUUGCAACGUUAGCGCUUUUUUGUUUUUGUUUUUUUCUUUUUCUUUCGUCAUGUGUUUUUGAUAUUUUCGUCUCACACUUCUAUUUGUUUCGGGCCUAGAACACUGGAAAGUAUAAUCAGUCAACACUCCAUAUUGUCCCUGAUUCAUUAAGUCCAGUGGCCACGUUAGGGAACCCCACCACCCCAAUAUGUACAGCGCACUACCAUUCAACAACGGCACCACAGGACGGGGUGGUGGCCUGGGAGAAGGAUGACUAGCCAUCCGGUUGAUGGCUGCUCUUUAAAUGUUUGAGGUUAUGUCUGACAUACGCGGUCCCUGUGGUACACGGGCUGCUGUGGUCCCGCAGGCACUCCCAGGGGGACCCCAUUGUGACGUUUACCCUCACACUUUGGUGGACGGCCAUGACACCCUCAGGACUAAGUCUGUUGUACACGGUCACUGUAGAAGGUCUUAAAGUGGCUUAUUUCUGUGUUUGCGUGGCGGGUUAGGUUGCCAACAUCUCUACAUAGCCUGUCAUGGUGUCGCCGAAUAGGUGGUUUACUUUCAUGAUGUUUUUUUUUCUUUGUGCGAGUUUAUGAUUUUGUACUGUACCAGAGAAAAGUCACCAUAGCCGGUUUAUUUUUGUAUACAAAUUAAGGUAAUAGGCUUACGGUCUAAUCACUGUAGUUUUAAGGCGGUAUGUUCUGGAAAUAUUUGUAUGUGGAAGGACAUUUGCUUUACAAGAUGAUCACUUGUGACAUUGGAGAGUUUUGUUCGUCCUGCAGGCGAUUGGUUGACACCUAAACAAUGUGUAAUGAAAUAAAAAGGGAGUCUGUUUGUUAUAUUGGAUGCACAAACAAAAUUAACAUACUGUGUCCGUACAGCCGUGGUCAUACGCACCAAAUUAUUUCUUUUGAAUUUGGCUUACUGUAAUUCAGAUUUUGUGGAAACUAUUUGGGAUGCCUUUUGAGUUCAAAUUAAUUUGGAUCUUAACUUAAAGUUUGAUUCGUGUGCCAUUUUGUUUCUGGAUUGGAGAAAAAUGCUUGCUGAAAAAGGAAUAAUAAUAAAAUAUAGGCUUUUCUUGGCCUAAACAGGAAUGUCCCUCUUAUCUACCAUAUAUCCAACCAGAUUUCUCUCAAAAACCAGUGGUGUAAUAAUUUGCUUGUUUUUGCCACAUCCUGAAAGGAUGAUUCAGUCAAACUAUGGCUCCAGCUGUUCCAAGUCACUUGGGUAAAUCCUGAGGUAUCUUUUCCUUAUGGGUGAUUAUAGUGUACCAUGUAUUUGGCUAUUCUAAUAUCAAUGUGCUUUCAGUCUUUAUUUCCACCCAUAAGAAAUGCCAACAAUUAGCCAUGCUCACUUUUAUGUAAUCCAUAAGAUGAUUCUCUACAUCAGGGCCUGUCUUCUGGGAGAUGUGCUCAAAUCAUGGAUGUCAUCAGUCUUCAAACGUCUUCUGAAGACUUUCACAUACAACACGAGAACAGACUCGUCCAUUUCAUCUCAUUCCAUUUUCCACACACUGCUUGGGAAUCGUAUAGCCUGGCAACUGUUUAUUUUUCAAUGGUCUCUGGGUGUGAUGGUCACUGAAAAUCCGUCAUUGAAAUGUUUCAAUUUGUUAACGGCGUUGUUUGAAUGGGAUAACGACUCUGCAAUGUGAUUAUUAUUAUUUUUCAGGGGGGGGGGGUGGUGGUACUCACAAGAUUGGCAUUCACAUGAAGAGUCAUCGUUUUCAUAAACACAGUGUUGCUAAAAUAAAACAUGUCUCCACCAAAUUAUACAA